AGUAUGUACAGAGCGUAGUAUACAAUUUUUGAAAUAAAUAAUCUUUUUUUUUUAAAUGCCCACUACACCUUCUUGCUUGGUCCAUGUAUGGGAAGCCAAUUGAGAACAGAAAUAUUUCUCUUUCUCUGAAGCAGGAAAACAAACACAUGGUGUAUCCAUCUCUCUGCUCUCCCAUGAUCAUAGAAAGUCUUAUCUUUCUUUUCCUGCUUAUCUCCCAAACAACCUGCAAUUCUACAGAAAUAAAUGAUCAGUGUGCAGCUUCUUCAUGUGGAAAUAUCCAUAACAUUAGUUACCCUUUUCGAUUACAUACUGAUCCAAAAAAUUGCGGAGACCACAAUUAUGAGCUUGCUUGUGAAAAUAAUCUGACAGUGUUGAGUCUAUUCGGAGGAAAAUACUAUGUUCAGGCCAUCAACUACGAUAACUUCACUAUCCGACUGGUGGAUGCCGGCGUCAAUCAAUAUGAUUGUUCCUCCAUUCCUCGUUUUCCUUUUACUUUCGACAACUUAAUUUUGGGAAAUCAUGGAUACUUGGUUUCCGAUUUAACGCGUAUGAUUUGUUUCAUCAAGUGCCCAAGUCCAGUUCACUCUCCAUCUUACUUGGACUAUUCUGCUUGCAUCAAUGGAGGAUCUGCCUUGAAGAUGCAUACUUAUGCGAUGAUUAUAGAUGAAUCGAAUUGGAUAUCUGAUUUGAUGGAUUUGUGCAGCUUGGAGAUGAUAUCUUUGAUUCCACAUGAAUUGGGCUUGGAAAACAAGAAUAAUAUAUCCUGCGUUGAAAUUCACAGGCGACUUGCAUUCGGGUUUCAGCUUUACUGGCACAGCAACAGCUCGGUAAUCUUCCUGGACGUUGAUAACCGCAUCAGUGGUAUAUGUACACUCUUCAAUGAAUUUAUAUAUGGAAUCAGUUUGAUCAUCGAAACAAUCGAAUCUGAGUACUCAACGAUAUUCACUGAUAUUGGAAUUUUUUGGUUUGUAAGAGCUUUACUAGGACUUCCAUGUGUAAUUGCUUUUCUUAUAUUCAAGUGGCGAAGGAAACAUAUGUCAGAAUAUAACACAAUCGAAGAAUUCCUACAGAGUCACAGUAACCUUAUGCCGGUAAGAUAUUCCUACUCACAAAUUAAGAAAAUCACCGGAGGUUUGAAAGAAAAGUUAGGAGAAGGAGGCUUUGGUUCUGUAUAUAAAGGAAAGCUCCGUAGUGGCCAGUUUAGUGCAGUAAAGAUAUUGGAUAAAUCUAAAGCUAAUGUACAAGAUUUUAUCAAUGAAGUUGCUACUCUCGGGAAGAUUCAUCAUGUUAAUGUGGUUCAACUAAUUGGUUUUUGUGCCGAGACAUCAAAACAAGCUCUCGUAUAUGAAUUCAUGUCUAAAGGAUCUCUUAGAAAAUAUAUUGAUCUUGAAGGAUCCAUUUCGAUAAGUUGGGAAAAAUUAUUUGAGAUAUCUCUUGGAGUGGCUUAUGGUAUUGAAUAUCUACAUCGAGGGUGUGAUAUGCAAAUCCUUCAUUUCGAUAUCAAACCUGACAACAUUCUACUAGAUGAAAAUUUCAUUCCAAAGAUUUCUGAUUUUGGGCUGGCAAAAUUUUAUCCAACCAAGGGGAGCAUUGCAUCUCUUACCGUCAAAGGGGGAACAGAAGGAUAUAUGGCUCCAGAAUUAUUCUACAAGAAUAUGGGGGGUGUUUCAUAUAAAGCAGAUGUGUAUAGCUUUGGACAAUUGGUGUUACAAAUAGCAGACAGAGGAAAGAAAGAAAAUAAUAAAGUUAUUGAAAGUUUAAGUGAAGUUUAUAGUCCAUAUCGGCUUCAUGACCAACUGUCUAGUGGAAAUUUACCAAUAGAAGACAUAACAGAGGAAGAAAAAAUAAAAGCAAGGAAAAUGAUUAUAACAGGAUUAUGGUGCGUACAGUUUCAACCUUCUGAUCGUCCUGCUAUGAAUAAAGUCAUAGAGAUGCUUGAAGGAGAUUUAGAAAGCCUACAAGUACCUCCCAGACCUACUUUAUUUCCUCUAGAUUCUGUAAAUACAAAUUGGCGAGAAUUAUUAUUAAUGACAGAUGAUUUUACAGAAUCGAGUAGAUCGAUUAAAAAUCUAGAUCAAGGGACACAAUAGGGAAAUAUUAUGCUUAGUUUUACAUGGAAAAGCUAAGAUACCACUCUUUGAAAGAGUAGACUUCCAUUUUAAAAGGUGGAACACAAAUGUUCUUCCUAUUGUAUCCUUUUAAGUUGCUAUAAAUACUAAAGUUAAUUAAUGACUUGAUGA